ACAACAUAUUGCAAUGGAGUUUUCUACCUGUUCUUGGUCCAUCACAUGCUUAAUCUUAAUGAUUUUGCAGCCGUUGUUAUGGAAUAGAAGCUUGUACGCUAAUGGAUGCUAUACGUUCAUCUUUAGCUUUGGCGACUCCCUGGCCGACACGGGUAAUAUUAAACAACUCGCUGCCAUAUCCCACGCGGACAUUCAGUCUCUUCAGUUUCCUUACGGCGAAACCUUCUUUCAUGAACCCACCGGUCGUGCCUCCAAUGGACGCCUCAUCAUCGAUUUCCUGGCUGAGAGCCUUGGCUUGCCACUAAUACCACCGUUUCUGAACGAUAAGGAGAGUGACAAUGUGGUGGCGUUGGGACCAGGAGUUAAUUAUGCAGUCGUGGCAGCAACAGCAUUGGAUACAUCAUUUCAUGAAGCAAGAGGGACUGUUGAUCCUGUAGCAAACAUAUCUUUAGGAGUUGAAUUGGCAUGGUUUAAACGAUCAUUGGCUUCUAUUUGCAGCAACGCCUCAGAUUGUAGAAACUUAAUUGGACGUUCUUUGAUCCUAAUGGGAGAGAUAGGUGGAACCGAUUACAACAAUCCAAUAUUUGACUAUAAGCCAAUCGAGGAGGUCGAAUCAUACGUUCCUCUUGUAAUUGAUACCAUCAUCUCAGCAGUCAAUGAGCUAAUCGAUAUGGGAGCUCAAACACUGGUUGUUCCAGGAACCUUUCCAAUUGGGUGUUCUAGUUCAAUUCUAACAGUUCGUGCUUCUAGAAACAAAAAAGAUUACGAUAACAGAACCGGUUGUCUCAUCAGGUACAAUGAACUUGUCGAAUACCACAAUGAUCUGCUGAUAAAGAAACUAAACCACCUUCGAGAGCUUCAUCUGAAUGUCAUCAUCAUCUAUGCUGACUACUACAAUGCUGCCAUGCAGAUUAUCUAUUCUCCUAUUAAAUUUGGAUUCACAAAUCCGGUUUUGAAGUUGUGUUGUGGAGGUGGAGGCCCAUACAACUACAACUUCAAUCUGUCAGCGCAAUGUGGACAUGUACUUGCGACUGUGUGUGAUGACCCGGAUGCGUAUGCUUACUGGGAUGGAAUACACUUUACAGAAGCUGCAUAUAGAAUAAUAUUCAAGAGUUUAUUUCAAGGCCAAUAUACUACACCCCGCUUUAAUUCCUUGUGUCCUACACCUACACCUACAUCAACAUCACAAGUUGAAGUUACUUUAUCGGGAUCACAAAUACAACGCUGACCUAUCAGAGCAUGGAAAGACAUGUACUUGCCACUUAAAAGGCACUACAAAUAUUUCAUAAAUUGUUAUUGUUUAUGUAAGCUACAUACAUAAUUAAAAUAAAAUAAAUGGCAUACACUAUCCACACAGUUUAAUGAAAAAAGUUGAAUAAAAUAGAAUGUCUAGUAAGUAGUUCAACCAUUCAAUGGAUUAAAAUCAACCAUAAUAGAUGCGAUGUAGGCAUUUAAUGGAUAUGGAGUCGGUUAUGACCCAAACUCCAGAGCUGGCUGUUUGGUACUUUUUUUAAUGUAAGAGAUAUUUGGUACU